ACGGAGCCCCCCCCCCUGUUGUCAGCUGUCAGAGAGCAACGAUAGCCUCAACAUCUGCUCACACGGUAAUUCCCCGGGCACUUUCACACGCAUACUCGUGUACACACGAGCAACAGGGUCUCCGGAUUAGAAAAAAGAGGUGUGGGCGAUCGGUAGUGGUGUGCAUCGUCCGAACGUCAAAAUAAAACGCUAUAACAGAGUCAUGUCAAGUGGAAUACGUUGACAAACACUCAGCUCACUGUUUUUUUUUCGUUAACAAUAAUCUCCCGACUGCUGCAGUGUUUAUGCCGUCAGUGGGGUAGAUGUUCGAGGGAGUUUGGCGUUUGUUAAUACGUAAAUAAUGGCUGAAAUAUUCCACAACGGCAAUUAUCAGAUAGUGCCGAAUUCGAACGACAUGACUACCUUGGAUAUACAAAAGGAGGAUUCUCUACUUGAUCACAUGGAGAUUUCCAUUGUCGAGGCGGAAAAAAGGGCCAAUGGGGGACUCAAUUUGAGGGAGUUUUAUACAGUCUAUUUGGUGGAAUCUAAAGUUGUGGAUCCAGACUUUAAGGAUGCCCUGACGACAAUAAGUUCCUUAUGGCGUCGUUACACAGAGUUCGAGAUGCUCAGAGCUUACCUGGAGGUGACUUACCCCUUCGUAGUACUGCCAUCGUUGCCAGAGAAGAAAGUACUCUACGCUUGGCAGAAAGUAACUACUGACACAUUCGACCCAGACUUCGUCGAUCGUCGUCGAGCUGGUUUGGAGAAUUUUCUACUGCGAGUCGCAGCCCAUCCGAUCCUGUCUCGAGACAUGCACCUCAUGGGGUUCCUUCAGCAGCGGGAGGGCUGGAGGGAGAGUAUAAAGGAGAGUGGCUAUUUACAAUUGGCUGAGAAUAAAUUGAAGGCGCUCAGUGUUGCAGUGAGGCUGAGAAAACCCGAUAAGAGGUUCGAGACAGUAAAAAAUUAUGGGGUCGACCUUCAAAAUAAUCUCAGCAAUCUUCUGCGUGUUCGUGCAAGAUGCGCCGAGAGACAAUACAGUUUGUACAAGUUACACGCAAAUUAUGGUAGAGUAUUCAGUGAGUGGAGUGCAAUUGAAAAGGAAUUGGGCGAUGGACUGCAGAAGUCUGGUCAUUACAUGGACUCGUUGGCUGUAACGAUAGACAGCCAUUUGGAGGAGGAGGAAUUGAUUGCCGACCAGUUGAAAGAGUGGCUCUUUGGGGCAUCUGCCCUGCAGGCUGUCGUCAAACGCAGAGAAGCCCUCCAAUUGGUGAAAGACGAGGCCAACGAUAAUCUCACAGCUGCGUACGAGCAGAAAGACAAAAUAAUUCAGGGCAAGACAGGAUUGAUGUCACGUCUAUUCGGCUCUGUCGAUUCGGAAGAAAUGAGGGAAGUCAAGGCUAAUCAGGUGGAGCAACGAAUUGUGCAGGCAGAGGUCGCUGAUAAGGAGGCACACGAUGAUCUAACGUCCUUCUCCUCAAAAGCAUUAACGGAGAUCGAACGUUUCCAGCAACAGAAGAAUGCGGAUCUCAAGGAAACCCUAGCAGCUUACUGUGUUCUACAGUUCAAACUCGCCAGAAAGAGUCUUCAAAACUGGCAACAUAUCAAACAGUGCUUGGAGAGCAUGCCAUAAACAAUUCUGUCUUAUCACUAAUUUUGUCUCAUCCAGUGAGAAGAGACGAUAGAGUACCUAAUAUAAGAUUUAAAAAAGUAGAUGAUGAGGUGAGGAAAAAUGAUUCUCUCAAGAACAAUCAGUUUGCAGUCUCAUUACAAUGUACAUUCCUUCUUGGUAAGCUCACCUAGUUAUAUCCAAUAAGAUAAUGUCUUCAUCCCACUGGUAUAAAUAUCCAGUGAUGAGCUUAAUUCAGUAGUGAAUUGGUGUAACGUCUACUCAACAAAUAAAUUUUUCUCAUUUUGGUGAAGCAAUGAGAGAAAA